AGGCUGUGGCAGGAGAUGAUGGAUUCCAAAACUACCUACCUGGAGGACCUGCCACCACUACCCGAGUACGAAUUGAGCCCGUCCAAGUUAGGCGAGGAGGUGGAUGAUGUUUAUCUCAUUCGAGCUCAGGGACUGCCUUGGUCCUGCACUGUGGAAGACGUUCUUAACUUUUUCUCAGACUGCAAAAUCCGAAACAGUAAGAAUGGAAUACAUUUCCUCCUAAAUAGAGAUGGGAAACGGAGGGGCGAUGCCUUAAUUGAGAUGGAGUCCGAGGAGGAUGUCCAGAAGGCCUUAGAAAAGCACCGGAUGUACAUGGGGCAGCGCUAUGUCGAAGUAUAUGAGAUAAACAAUGAAGAUGUGGAUGCCUUAAUGAAGAGCCUGCAGGUCAAGUCCUCCCCUGUGGUAAAUGACGGUGUGGUUCGUCUCCGGGGACUUCCGUACAGCUGCAAUGAGAAGGACAUUGUAGACUUCUUUGCAGGACUGAACAUAGUAGACAUUACUUUCGUGAUGGACUAUAGAGGGCGAAGGAAAACGGGGGAAGCCUAUGUACAGUUUGAAGAACCAGAAAUGGCCAGCCAAGCGCUUCUAAAACACAGGGAAGAGAUUGGUAACCGAUACAUAGAGAUAUUCCCAAGCAGAAGGAAUGAAGUUCGAACACAUGUUGGAUCUCAUAAGGGAAAGAAAAUGUUAUCUUCUUCCACGAAAUAUAUAACUGAGCCAGAAGUGGUAUUUGAGGAACAUGAAAUAAAUGAGGAUAUUCGGCCUAUGACAGCAUUUGAAAGUGAUAAAGAGCUAGAAUUGCCUAAAGAGAUGUCAGAAAAACUUCCAGAGGCUGUUGAUUUUGGAACUACGUCGUCAUUGCAUUUUGUUCAUAUGAGAGGAUUGCCUUUCCAAGCCAAUGCCCAAGACAUUAUAAAUUUCUUUGCUCCACUGAAGCCUGUGAGGAUCACCAUGGAAUACAGCUCCAGUGGGAAGGCCACUGGAGAAGCUGACGUGCACUUUGAAACCCACGAGGACGCUGUUGCAGCUAUGCUCAAGGAUCGGUCCCAUGUUCAACAUAGGUAUAUUGAGCUGUUCCUAAAUUCAUGUCCUAAAGGAAAAUAAGACUUCAACAGACCCCCAGAUAAUAAGGAUGAAGCAGGAAGCAUCUCAUUUGCACAUCUCUCUGGGACGUGGGAUAUAAAGAUCCAGUUGAUUGGCAGCAACUGCUGGAGAAAGGAUCUGAGCAUAUUAGAUAGUGCUGUGUUUAGACCGAGAAAGAUUCAUCUUAGGAUUAUGAAAUCUACAAAUUUAAAAUUCUGCCUAAACAGUCCAUGGUCUGAUUCAGAAAGUCUGGUUUAUGUAAUUUGGUUUUCUGUCAUAGAGGAUAUAUCACAGCUCUAAGAUGGUGUUUCCAUUCAGUGCUGCUCUUUAGAUCCUUCUUCCCGCUUGUUUUUGCCCAUGGUUGAGAGCUCCAGAUAUGAAAAUUCUCAUGGAAUAAAUUAAUGGUGUAUUUUACCAAACACUCACCAAAGCAGUGGAAGGUUUCAGAAUGUUAAUAAGCCAGUCUGAUUUGGUCAAAUAGUUUUUUAUUUUAUCUGUAUUUGAUUAAUUAGGGGUAAAAAUUAAAACAAAAAACCCCACAGGUUAGUGAGUAUAAGUGAUCACUCGACAGAUUUGUCUUUAGAAACACUUUUGUCUCCUUAAGCCUUCACCUAAAGGCAUUUAAUGUUGGUGCCUAAGUCUUGGAAGUCUAGGCUUCAUUCACCUUUUUUUUGGUUUUAGACAAAUCUUACGGCUGUUGUUAGGUUUGAAAUUGUAAUGUGACAUAUCAAAGCAGUCCAGACUGGUAAAGACAUUAAUAGCUUCACUUGAUGCAACCAGCUUAGAUAGUAAAACAAAACAGAAUAAAUCAAUCUAAGUCUCCUCAUUUGCUUUCCAAUGGGGUAGCCAUCCCAUAUUUUAGAACAAGUAGGGGUGCCUUGCUUAAAUAAAACUAGCAAUUAAUUGUGUGAAGGAUUUAUGGAUAGAGCUGUAUUUCUGUCACAUUGUGACAGUACUUUCUGCUUUAAUAAUAAAUAGCUUGUUAUUUAAAUAUUGGGUGAAAUGGCUGGCUUCAAAAAUAGUCAUUAAUAAACUUAACUUUAUGAAUACCUGUGUAGAAGAAUCAAAGUUCUGUAUAUUUUCUUUACCUUGUUCCUAUCCUCAGGGUGACAGCUGCCACCAAGAGAUAGUAAGUCUCAUUCUCAAGAUUGAAUUUUCUGAACUUUCAGAUGUGAUAACCUGGAAGAAAUGUGUAUCACUUAGUACAUAGCCAUCUUUGAUUACCAGCUAAGGGGCAAGAUUGCUGUCCUGUAGACAAUAAAUGAAUGUUUGUUUCAA